UAAGACGAAAUCAUCCAUAUCGUCGUAGUAAGACGUUGUUCCGCAAGAACAAGAGUAUCCGUGAUCCACCGCCACCUGAGUAUGAUGGUGAUUAUAUAUUGAAUCAAUUUCGUGAUUUUGAUGUUGACUGUACAGCAUCGGUAGGGGGUAAUGGUCAUGUCCGAAUUGAUGGAUAUGGAGAACAUCAUAAUUGGCAUAAAAAAGUAUCUUCUGGGAGUUACCGUACUGGACAAAUCAUCUACUCCGCCACUGUCUUGACGUUAUGCAUAUUGAGAAGAAUUUCUUUGACAAUAUAAUUAACACCAUUUUAAAUGUCGCGGGUAAGACUAAAGAUAAUGUCAAAUCCAGAAUGGAUUUACCCGAUAUAUGUGCGCGCGAGGAUCUCCAUUUGCUUGCAGACGGAGUAGGUCCUAUUCCUAUAUGGAGAUUAGAUGCAAGCAAGAAGACCAAGUUUUUUCAGUGGAUAAUUGAUGAUGUUAAAUUUCCUGAUGGCUAUGCAUCAAAUCUAUCAUAUUGUGUUGAUGAUCACAGUGGUAGAUUAGCUGGGAUGAAAAGUCAUGACUGUCACGUCUUCAUGCAGCGUUUACUACCAUUUGCGUUUACACAACUCCUACCAAAUGUUGUCCAUGAAGCAAUUGCAGGUACAAACAACUUAUCUUUCAAUUAUUUUAAUAUGUUAUUAUUCAUGUAUAUAUUCUUUUUUUGUUUACAGUUAUUAAUUAAAUUGCAGGUAUAGGUGCAUUUUUUAGAGAUUUGUGUUCAAGAUCUCUAACAGUCGAAGGACUACAUACACUUGAAGAUAAUAUCCCGAUUAUCAUUUGCAAUUUGGAGAAAUUAUUUCCCCCAUCAUUCUUUGAUGUCAUGGAGCACUUGCCUAUCCAUCUACCUCGUGAAGCAGCACUAGGCGGUCCAGUUCAGUACCGGUGGAUGUAUCCUUUUGAGCGUUUUAUGUUCCAUUUGAAGAAAAAAGUUAAAAAUCUUAGCAAAGUUGAGGGAUCUAUAGUAGCUCAAAGCAUAAACGAGGAGACUUCUCAUUUUUCGGCCUACUAUUUUGCUCCAAAUGUCCAAACAAAAGCAAGAAAACCAGGUAGGUACGAUGAUGGGGGUGUGCGGCCUUUUUACCAUACAUCUGUCCCAGAUAUCUUUUCUCAAAUCGGGAGACUGAGUGGGAAGAAAAGAGAAGUAUGGUUUACAGAUCAAGAAUUUAAUCACAUUCAUACUUACAUCCUCCGGAACUGUGACGAUGUCAUACCAUUCGAGAAGAUCUUUGAUGAUCAAGUGUCUGGAGCGUAUCCAAACAUGACAGAGGCUCGAAAAGAGGAAAUGAAGCAGACACAAUAUGCUAAUUGGUUAAAAUAUUAUAUCAAAUCAGCCGCAAGUAGGCAGGAACACUAUCCAACAUGGUUUGAAGAGUUGGUUGGAGGUCCUCUAUCAAGGGCAAUGGCAUACCCGAUGUAUUGCACUCGAGGCUACGUUUUCAUAAAACGUCCAGGGAUUACUAACAGAAAAACAGUGAAUUAUGGGGUCGUUGUUCGUACAGAUUCGAUAGACUACUAUGGUGAAAUUACUGAUAUAUUAGAGGUUGAAUAUCCGGGAGUCAUAAAUUUGAAAUGUAUACUCUUCAAGUGUGACUGGUAUGAUCCUAGAGUUGGAAGAGGUGUUAGACUUACAAAGUAUGGUGUCACAGAGAUCAACUCGACUAAGCAGUUAAGAAAGUACGAUCCGUUUAUACUUGCAUCUCAGGCAGCACAGGUUUGCUACAUACCAUAUCCACAAGUAGGUGUUCGACAAUAUCCAUGGAUUACGGCUCAUCAAAUAAAUCCAAGAAGCAGAGUUGAUGGGGUGAAAGAAAAGGAACUGCUACAACAAAUUGUAGUAAACGAAAUUACGCAAGUAGAUCAAUCUGUCGGUGACAUUCCCCUCGUUGAUAUUGAGAACAUAGAAGUCGAACAGAUAUGGGAAAAUGCGGAAGACGAAGAGGAUGGAGAAGAGUUUGAAGAUCAAAAUGAUUCUGCUAGUUCAGAUUAUUCUUCCGAUUCUGAGUAA